AUGUUUUUACUUUAUUUUGAAUUUAGGUAUGGAUUUGGAGACUGCAAAAAGCCAUUACAUGAUUCAGCAAGUUUGAUACAAGACAUUGUUCAUCAACAGUUAGUUAAUCUUUUACAUCAGGCUUCAGAAGUAGCUUCUACCAGAAAUAGUCGCUUUAUAAGUAUAGAAGACAUUGUAUUCUUAAUGAGAAAAGACAAGGUCAAGUUAAGAAGAUUAUUAAGAUAUAUGAAAGUUAAAGAUACUAAAGCAAUGUUAUUAAGAUCUGUAGGAACAGAGGAUAAUGAAGAAAUUGCUCAGCCUGUACCAACAUAUAAACGAAGGAAAGUUUGUUAUGAUUUCCUUUCUUCUAUUGAUCAAACAGGAGAAUUAGUAGCUUUAUUUGAUGAUGAAUCUGUCGAUGAAAUAAAGCAUGAACGAUUGAUGAGAGCAGAAUUACAGAGUCGUAACCUGGAUACAAAAAGUUAUACAGAGUUUUGUGAAGCAAGACAGGCUGGUUUUAGUAAAAAAUAUAAAUUUCAAAGAUUUAAGGAAUGGAUUAUGGCUGGUAUUAAUUUAGAUAUUAAACCUAAUUUACAUGCUCUAGAAGUAGUCAGUUAUCUAGCUUAUGAAACGGUAGCUGAGAUAGUAGACUUAGCUUUAUUAGUGAAACAAGAUAUGAGAAGUUGUAUAAAUGAUCCUAUGAUAAAAAAUACACCUCAGUUAUGUCAGAAUUACCAUAAUGCAGGAGAUUUAUUUACUGGAACUAAUAAAACAUCUACAUUAGAUCUUGUGAUUACCCCAUCAGAUAUACAAGAAGCUAUGAGAAGAUAUAGUAGUACAAUAGGUCCUUUUGCUUCCAGUAUGGUAUGUUGA